UACCCUGAACGCACCGCUCGUAACCAAGGCAAUGACGCUUGGUUACCGACGUGUUCUCUUGCAAACGCUUAGUUAGCUUCACUGCUAGCUUGACCAAUCGGACUCAUUAUCUUUCCACAACCAUCGCGAAAUCACUUAUUUAGUCUUUGCCGAGUCAGAGUAUUUGCUUAAACGAUAUUGCCAUGAUCUUAACCCGGUCGCAGUAACGCAAGUGCAGUGUUGUUUAUUUUUUCCCCAAAUCUAGUUUCUAUUAGCCGCACAUUAUCCAUUUCCUUGCAUUUUAGCCCUCAGCAGAAGUAUAAGCGACGAUAACGUGAGCUCCGCAGCCAACAUGGCUGAAUUCGGGGGUAAUGAGCAUCAUCAGAAUGAAGUGAUCAACUACAUGCGCUUCGCUCGAUCCAAACGCUUGUUGCGGCUCAAAACUGUGGAUUCCUGUUUUGAAGAACUCAAAGACAGCAGGCUGGUGGAGGAGACGUUCACAGCCGACGAGGUGCGCGAUAUGCUGGACGGGCUGCACGCGGUGGUGCGCGGCGAGGUGGAGAUGGAACUCAUCAACACGGCGCACACCAACGUCCUGCUGCUGCGCCAGCUCUUCUUCCAGGCCGAAAAGUACUACCUGCGCCUGCAGACAGAUAUCUCCGAGCUGGAGAACAGGGAGCUCCUCGAGCAAGUAGCAGAAUUUGAGAAGACGGAUUUUAAAGUCUCUGAUAAGAUGAACCAGGACGCCGGCAAACCUAAACUGGCGCCGCUCAACGAAGCCGGAGUUUCUGAACUCCUCAACAAGGAGAUCGCAAAGCUACAGGAGGAGAAUGAGAACCUGAAAGCCAAACUGCGCACAUUAGAAUCGCAGGCAAUGAACGUACUGGAUGAGAAGACCAAAGUUCAGAAAGCCCUUCAAGAUCUCCGGAAGGUGCAAGGUGACAAGCAGCUGACGGCUCACUCCAAGGAAAUCAGCUGUCUGGAGGACACGGUGGCGGCCCUCAAGGAGGACUACGAGCACUCGCUGACUGUCAGCGCCGCCUCCCAGAAGGACCUACAGGAGAACUUGGUCUCGGCCAAGCACGAACUCCUGCGAGUGCAGGAGCAGCUGGCCAUGGCCGAGAAGGAGUUGGACAAGAAGUUCCAGCAAACGGCGGCCUAUCGCAACAUGAAGGAGAUCCUGGCAAAGAAAAACGAGCAGAUCAAGGAAAUUAGAAAACGACUGCAGAAAUACGAGCCCAACGAAUGAGUCCCCAUCGUCAUCGGCUGGAAGGGAAGUUGGGCGCGAAAGACGGAAGCAAGAACGCGCCAUGCGUUUUACGAUGACCAAGCCUCCCAAUCCUGACGCAAGCAGAAUAAAGCAGCACUUUUUUUUUUCUUGGUCAGAACUUGUUUAUUCAUUCCCAAUCGGACGUUUUUUUUUUUUUUUCCUCUCUGUUGUCGGCUUCUCCUUUUGGAUGGGAUGAUCAGAAGCUUCUUGAGCUGGGUCAAGUACUCGUUUCUUAAGUGUUCAAUGAAACUACGAACAUGCAUCUCCCGCUAAAAGGUUGACACCGAAUUGCACUCUGAGAAUUUAAAAAAAAAAAAAAAAUGGCGCUGAAAGCCACAACAUUGUUUUGGUUUUUCUGUGACUACUGCAUCUGAUUUUUUUCCCUACAUCCAUCCAGCCAUUUUCAAAUCCACUUAUUCUCACAAAAGGUGUCACGUGAAUUAAAAAAAAAACUCAACACAUACUGUACAUACCUGGGAUUUUUUUUAAACAAAGAAAAAAAAACAUCCGUGGCAUUGAAUGAGUUAAGUAAGGUGACUAUUGUCUCUCGAUAUGAGGUAGAGUGUGGUUGUACACCACUCCAAAUUACCACCACAAGUACAAACCAAAUGUGAGGUGUAAUUUUGAUACGUGUCUGUGGGGUCACCUGCUUCCAAGCCCCAACCGCUGUUUGCAGUGAAACUUGCUGCAAUCGGACCCGCCUUCCACCUGCAUCACUCGCAUUGCUUCAUGUGGUAAACAAAGAGUUAGGAUACCUGAAAAAAAAAAUACGAUUCAAUGUACAAAACACCACCAAGCACUUUUCCGCUUGUGGUGAUUUUGGCAGUGUUAUUUCAGGAAACACCCCUGGGGGUCGUUCCUGUGGUGCAGCUGUUUCCCUGGGCCUCACAGAGUCAGAUGAGUGCCUCUUGUGAAACAAAAGCCGGCUUGUCAAUCAAGCUGGCGUGACUGGUGUCCUCCCAGCCGUGUUUCGUCAGCUUUGUUUGGGACAGUCUCCUUGCGUAUUGUGCUGCUGCGGUUAGUAAUGUGACUUAGGUCAUUUGAUGUAUUUCCCUUUACUGGCAGGCCCCACUUUUUUUUUUGCCAUGUCACAUGAAUGGUUUUGAACAGUGUCAUCCUAUAAAACAAUGCAAAGUGCAGUACAUGAGAUGUAAGAAAAAGUCUGACUUUUCUGCUUGGUUUUUGCCACCGUUUAAAUUCGUGUUUCUAGUUGCAGCUUUAACAUAUUAACAUAAAAAUGUCUCAGAAAUUAUUAAACAACAUAAUAUACUUUAGGUAUGCUUAACAUGAAAUAAUAUGAUCCUCAAAAAUAAAAUGAUCAUUAAUAACAUAACAGAAGCUUACAAUGCUGCUUGUUUUUUUACCACCGUUUAAAUUCGUGUUUCUAGUUGUAGCUUUAAGUGACAUACAGCACACGUUCACGUUAAUUUUCUCAUUCAGGUAUCAGAAAUAGUUCUCGGGACUAACCACAAAUUAUUUGUUAAAGCAAUUACGUCGACUCUCUUUUUUGCAUAAAAUCCUCUAAAGCAGAAUCAUUCGACUGAAUCGCCGCACUCCAACCGCAUUCGAUGUUGCGAGCAAAA